AACCAGAUAGAGCUGAUGCUUCCAGUGCUUACCAGCCCAUAUCAAGGAAGGGCAAGGUAGCAUAGCUAGUUAGCCAGCUAUCUCACUGGUAAUGCGUGGCGCCCAGCUAAAACUAGGCAUAUAUAGAGAGAGAGAGAAAGAGAGAGAGAGAGAGAGAGAGAGAGAUUGUGUGUGUGUGUCUCUCUCUCUCUCUCUCUAUAUAUAUAUGCAUGCAUAUGUAUGUAAGAAGCUCUGUCGAUAAUGCUGUGGCUUGAAAACUGCAACGAAAACAAUGAUGAUGUCCUGAUGGGUCAACUGUCUCAGGCUUGCACAGUUGUCUUGGUAAGAGCUGAACAGAGAGGCAUGAUGAUCCCUCUCCACAGAAGAUCCUGUAACUCUUCCUUUUUAAUGAUUUCAUCAUGGUGACUGGGACUCUCCUUUUUGGUAGUUUGUAUUCCCCUUCCAGACAACCAUCGCAAGCAAACACAUCCCUGAAAUCUACAAGAAUCAUGGCAACUGAAUGAUUAACACAGGUUCUAGCACUACCUUGCUCUGACAUCCCAAAAUGCUUGGACUCCAGGAAACAAGACCCACUGGGACUCCCUCCACUAAAACGUACAGCUGUGUGGCAUGCUCAGCAACCUUUCAUGGUUUAGCAUCUCUCUUGGUACAUCAAGCAUCUCAUGCCAGUGAAAUCUCGAGCCAGUCAAAGAGUAUGUCACCAACUUGCAGUCAUUGUGGUAGCCUGUUUGCAAGCAAGGAACUUCUUGAAAAGCAUCAGUGCAUGGUAUUGCCACCUCCUGCCCCUCAAAGCAUGUGCAUAUGUGAAUGUGGGGAAGAGUUUCAAGAAUUCAGUGCAAUACAGGAGCAUAAAAAGUUACAUGAAAUGGAAAAACAGGUCAAGGCACCAUUGGGUGAGACUUUUCCUGUGUUGAAUAAUAAAGAUUCUGAGUUCAAUCUUGAAGUUAAGAGGGAAUAUAGCCCCUGUGUCACUGACAAAGUUCCCUUAUGUGAGAACUCCCCUUUUCUCUGCAUUGAAGAGUCACUUCAACAGAAUACACAUGCUGCUUCUCUGGCUGAGAACAAAGAGUCCACUAAGGACAUAUCUCCUGCGCACAGCUCCAUCUCAGAAGAACAUCAUCAUGCAAUGUUGCAGCCCUCAGACUUGUCUUCCCUUUUAACAAUCUCAGAAACACAAAACAAGUCUUUUAAAAAUGAACCUGGGAAUGUAAAUUCUGAGAUCAUAAACAGAUCUGAUUCUAGAACUGAGGAAUCACCAAAACCAAGUCAAGAAAAGACAGCAAAGAAUAAGAACACACUGCUUAAAUUGCUUGCAUCUGCCUAUAUGAAUCGUAGACAUCCAGCCCAAAUUAAUUGGGGGCAAAGUAAGAGGGUCCUACCCCCACGAAAGGUUUCACCAAGAGCACCAAUACAGGCAACAUCCAUAUCACAAAACUCUGGGUGCUCUGAUCAUCAGUUAGGACAAAAGGUUGCAAAAUAUGGUCCCACUAGAGAUGUUGUCAUACCAUCAGCCAGUAAGCAGAAUGUAAAAUCAAGCAAGACCUUCUUAAAAAAGAGAUUUGUAUAUAUGACCAAGACUUUCUACCCUGUGGUGGCACUUGAGACACAUCAAAAACUAUGCAGGGACAAUACUGAGAGUAGGCAUCAGUGUGGUCUCUGUCGCAGGGUUUUCCAAGACAUGGACAGCUUGAUAAUGCAUCAUGCCUGUCAUAGGAAAGAAAGAGUAAAAGUCUGCCGCUGCUGCCGGCAGUUUGUAAUUAGUGAAAACUCUGUUCCAGAUAACCACAUCUGUUCUAGCUCACACGCUGGGACAUCCAAACAUUUUCCAUUGAUAGGAAAAGAGUUGCUAGCAUCAGACAGUCCUACAACACUGCACACACAAAAUUAUUCCACUGUGCAUUUUGCAGUCGGAGCUAUACACGGAGACACACCCCUUAAUAAACACAACUGUCAGUGGAUAACCUCUCUUAAAUGCUCUGCUGCAGCUCAGAAAGAUGCCAGAGUCUGCAGUUUUGGAGAGGAGCAUAAUGCAGGAGAGCAACUCUCUUCAGUAGACCAGAAGUCAUGCCAGGUAAAUGUUGGUGUGAACACAGAUGCUUAUAAAGACCCAGAGCCUAUAAAGUCUGAAGAGCUUCAUGCUGUCUCCCCAAUCAUGGAAGAAUAUCAGAUGGGAUUAAUGACACAAUCUCUGUCUCUCAAAUCUGGAGGAGGUUCAGCUAAGAGUUUCUUGCCGUUUCUUCCCAAUUUUUCUAAGUCUACUUCAAAACCCGCUAAAGAAAAUGUUGAUAAAACAAUGGAAAAGGAAAGUUUAGUUGGUAAUGCAGUUGCCCAAGCUGCCUUGGAGGAGGAUAGUGACACAGAGGCAAGUGAGUCUUCAGGAGGGGAACAGUGGACUGUGCCACUGGAUGAUGCUGAGAUUGAUGUGCUCAUAGAUAAUGAAGAAGAAAAUUGGCAUUUGGAAGAGACUCCCAGGGAAAACUCUGAUGAGGAUGUUGUUCCCUUAGAAACCUCCAUCAACAAUGGAACAAAUGCUGCACUGUCAGGAAAAGAUUUUCAAGUGCAUGUUUCUGAUAGUGGUAUAAGGCGUUUUUCUUGUAACAGGUGUCAGAAAAGCUAUUCUCGGCGCUUCACUCUAAAAGAGCACCUUAAAAUUUGUGGCGCGAGAAAAUUAAUAGAGCAACAUUCUUUCGGAAAGGCGUCAACUAAUAUCCUUGGGCUAAAGAAAAGGUUUCCAUGUCCCCAUUGUGGUACAUCAUUUACCCGCAAAGACAAUAUGAACAUGCACCGUAAAAGAUGCCAGUCAGUAAGAAAUGCAAAUGCUCAAAUAGGGAAUAGGACAUUGGAUAAGAAGAAUCAAGAACCCCGGGAAAACAUGUUUGUUCUGCCACCAGCUUCUAAGAAUCAAGUCAGACAGGGCGGCAGUAAUAACAGUGGGGGUGGAAGCUGGGGCAUUAUGUCAUUACCAUCCAUGCUUCCCAGAAAAGUGACUUGUGAGUGUGGAGCUUCUUUCACUUGUCCUAGACUUCUGUUUGAGCAUUUGCAAAUGCAUGCAUUGGAGUCCUACAUUUGUUCUCAUUGUGGUGAGAAUUUGCAAUCUUGGGCAGAUUUUGAAGCACACCAACAAUUACACGAGCAACAUGCAAGACAGAGAAAUGAGCAGGAAGGGUCACAAAUACAGCAUCAGCAACCGCCACAUACUCACUCAUCAGAGCAGAAUUUGAAAAAACAGCCUCAGGAUCUGUUGAAAUCACAUUUAAAUUACAAACCUCCCACAGACCCGUGUGUUUGCCACAGAUGUAAAAAGGUGUUCAGACUGCGUAGUUCCCUGCUGAGACACCUGAGGUUGAAUUGUAGAGACGACAUUGUUGCUCAAAAGAAAUACUCUUGCUCCCGCUGUGGCAUGGCAUUCCAAAGUUCCUUAUCUCACAAGGUUCACAUUCAGGGCAAUGUGUGUAUACCUACUUUCAAACCGAUCCGCUGUCCUGUCUGUGUUCGUUGGUUCAGUUGCCUAGAUGGACUCAAAAAACAUUUGGUGGCGCACAGCCAGCAAAAGGUUUUGGUAUGUCAGAUCUGUGGGCAUAACUGCCCAAAUCACCAAGCUCUUGAGGAGCAUAAAAAGAAGGUACAUGGCAUGAACAGGGCUUCUGAGUCAGCCACUGUUCAGUCUGCACACGUUUCACAAAGCAGCCCGUCAAAUGCCUUUCGUUGUCAGCUAUGUCAACGCAUUUACCCAAAAAUUCAGUCCCUCAAGGACCAUCUAAGGAAAGUCCAUCGACCAAAAGAUCAAAACCUGGUCACAUUUGACACUUUUGACCCCAAAACUGGUGCACUCGUAUCAUCAAAAGAGACUAUGCAGCAAAGCCAGUACAAACAGUUUGAGUGUCACAUUUGUGCUCGUGUGUAUCCAGAUAUUCAGUCCUUGAAAAACCACAGGAGGAGAGUACAUCGUAUUCUAGGUGGCAGACUUCAAACAAUAAAAGGAUUUGUGCAGCAAAGCCAUUCAAUUCAGUUUCAGUGUCAGAUUUGCUUGCGCAGCUACCCUAAUAUAAGGUCCUUGAGAAACCACAGGAGGCGAGUCCAUCGCAUCCUAGGUGGUCUGGAGGCAUUCAGGGGACUCACUCAUCAAAGACAGGACAAUCUUUUCAAAUGCCAGAUUUGUCAGCGCAGUUAUCCCGACAUAAAGUCCUUAAAGAACCAUAGGAGGAGGGUACACCGUAUUUUGGGGAGUGUGAUCGAGUCCACAGAAGUCGAUGCUACAGAUAUGGGACAGUCUCGGUCAGAGGUUUUUCAUGUCACAGUGCCCAGUGAACCUUUUGAGCAGCAAUAAUAUUCUAAGCAUAGGAGAUUUUACAGCAGUGCUGGACAUCCUGUGUCCAAUGUUACAUAUGAAAAAUGGAGGAUCAAGAUUACAAAGACUUCUUUCACUGUUUGAGUAUCAGUUAUGUAUGUAAUAAGAUAAAAUAAUUAGAACAGAAUUUUAAUGUGUGUGCUCUUAAUUUAAUCUUGCUUUCCCUCUGUUAAAACUAGCAAAGAGUCAUUAUAGUUAACGUAAAUAUAUAGUACAUUUAGUAAAGCAAACUCUUGCUGUUUUUUUUUUUUUUUCUCUUUGGUCAUUGUUUUGGUGGGUUCCUGUUACCUAAAUGAUGGCUUUUCUCAUAUUUUAUCUUCUCUCUCUCUCUCACACACACACACACACACACACACACCUCUUGAUGACAUUUUAAUAAUACGUCUGGUAAAUGCAUGCACAGCUAAAAAUCAUUGUAGAAAAGGUUUUAUUUGUAAGCUCAGUGCAUUUGUCAGUGUAGCAGAAAUAUUUAAUGAACACAUUUUGAAAUACUUCAUAUUGUAUUAAUACAUUUGGUGGCAUCUUAAAUUCAUGUUCUCAGAUUUGUUAAACAUUA